AUGCAUUCCUUAAACGUGUCUCUUGAAUAUAAAUUUUUUGUUUCAUUCUCAUUAUCAAUAUUUUUCUCUAUUUCUUCAAGUCUUUCUUCUUUCGUUCGUGCGUGUUUAUUUAUUUAUUUCUUCCCUCCCUCUCGUUCGUUCGUUUUCGUUUUUGCCUUUUUUUUCUUUCCCUUUCUUUCCCUUACUCCUUUCUCUCUCGUUCAUUCGUUUUUAAUUCCCCCCUACCCCUCGUUUCUUCGUUUGGCCCGCGUCCUCCCUUUUAGACCGCCUCGCUCGAACCAGGCCCGCGUCCCUCCUUUUUUAGACCGUCUCUCUCGAACCAGGCCCGCGUCCUCCCUUUUAGACCGUCUCUCUCGAACCAUGCCCGCGUCCUCCCUUUUAGACCGUCUCUCUCGAACCAGGCCCGCGUCCUCCCUUUUAGACCGCCUCGCUCGAACCAGGCCCACGUCUUUCUAUCUAAAAGUUAAGGACCCACUCCUGGAAGCUAAUGGGUCUCUCUCUCUCUCUCUCUCUCUACUGUGCCUGCAUCUCUCUCUCUCUCUCUCUACUGUGCCUGCAUCUCUCUCUCUCUCUCUCUCUACUGUGCCUGCAUCUCUCUCUCUCUCUCUCUCACUGUGCCUGCAUCUCUCUCUCUCUCUCUCUCCACUGUGCCUGCAUCUCUCUCUCUCCACUGUGCCUGCAUCUCUCUCUCUCUCCACUGUGCCUGCAUCUCUCUCUCUACUGUGCCUGCAUCUCUCUCUCUCUCUACUGUGCCUGCAUCUCUCUCUCUCUACUGUGCCUGCAUCUCUCUCUCUACUGUGCCUGCAUCUCUCUCUCUCUCUCUCUCUCUGUGCCUGCCUCUCUCUCUCUCUCUCUCUCUACUGUGCCUGCAUCUCUCUCUCUCUCUCUACUGUGCCUGCAUCUCUCUCUCUCUACUGUGUGCAUCUCUCUCUCUCUCUACUGUGCCUGCAUCUCUCUCUCUCUCUCUCUACUGUGCCUGCAUCUCUCUCUUUCUACUGUGCCUGCAUCUCUCUCUCUCUACUGUGCCUGCAUCUCUCUCUCUCUACUGUGCCUGCAUCUCUCUCUCUCUACUGUGCCUGCAUCUCUCUCUCUCUCUACUGUGCCUGCAUCUCUCUCUCUCUACUGUGCCUGCAUCUCUCUCUCUCUACUGUGCCUGCAUCUCUCUCUCUACUGUGCCUGCAUCUCUCUCUCUCUGUGCCUGCAUCUCUCUCUCUCUCUCUACUGUGCCUGCAUCUCUCUCUCUCUACUGUGCCUGCAUCUCUCUCUCUACUGUGCCUGCAUCUCUCUCUCUCUACUGUGCCUGCAUCUCUCUCUCUCUACUGUGCCUGCAUCUCUCUCUCUACUGUGCCUGCAUCUCUCUCUCUCUCUACUGUGCCUGCAUCUCUCUCUCUCUCUCUCUCUCUCAGAUUGUGCACGCGUCUCUCUCUCUCUCUCUUCCCACGUUCGCAUUUGCAUAACGUGCGCUUGUCCUCCCUUUUCUUUGUUUUUUCAGCUCGGAUAACUCGCUUCUUUUUUGUCUGCUUUGAGCUGGCGUAA